GUUUAUCUGAACAAAAAACUCAAGAGGAAAGAGGUCGAGAAGGCAGUUCAGGUGACCCGCCAGUCUCAAGUGCGUUUCGGAUCCAUGGGAAAAGACAGCGAAAGCGAGCAGAUGCAGAACAAUUCUCUGCUACGCUUUCCGCCUGAAAUCCGCAAUUUCAUCACCGAGUACGUGCUAGAUUUGGGUGAUGACGCUGCAGGUAAUGCCCUCGUUGUCUGCCCCCCAGGACCAUACAAACCCCUUUGCGAAGGUUCAAGUAUACUUUCUUUAUGCAAACAGACCACUGCCGAGGCGCGCUCCAUGCUCGAAGCCCGCACUACAGCCUACAUCCCCAUCAUGGCUGACAUGAACUUCUGCAAAUUGAUUUCUGACAUCAAUGAGAAUGGUAACUCAUCAAUAUCAGGGAUACAGAGUACCGUCUUUACUGGCCUUACAUCUUUCAGGCAUGCGCAUUUCCAUCUCCACGUCAACCACCCAUCCUCCACCUUCCGCCGGCACCCCUAUACAGAGAUCUAUGUAGAUCUCUCUCAAAUCUAUGAAGUAUUGAAACAAGCGUUCAUAAUCUGGCGAGCUGCGUCCGAGCACAACUUUGCUCAUUUCAAGGAACAAGGUGUGAAGCGAAAGGCAGUUUUGCACCUCGAUCACCUUUUCGCU